UCAGUGCUUGACAGUGACAAUAAAAAAAUAGCAGUGUUUACAUCGUAUCAUUACGAAAAUUAUUCGGAAAGUUUUCUACAUUAUUUCAUUACAUUUCUAAAAGCAAUUUCUCGUUAAAUGAGUACUAGCCAUAAGGCUGAAGAAAGUCGCCGUCCGGGCGCGAAUAAGGAUGGCGAUUGGAUCUGUCCCGAUUCUGAAUGUAAGAAUAUGAACUUUGCCCGACGCAGUCAAUGCAACCGAUGUGGCACUGAACGUCCUCCUGUCAGCUCGGAAAAGAGCACCGGCGGAGUCUCCAGCAAUGACGCCUCUCAUCACAGUUUUUCCCAUAAGAAAAAGCUCGGAAUUGAAAUCGGGAAGGUUGCCGCGGAAAAAUCUCGAGGACUCUUUAGCGCCGAAGACUGGCAGUGUAGCAAAUGCGCCAAUGUAAACUGGGCACGGCGUCACACAUGCAACCUUUGCAAUGCUCCGAGGUUUUGCGAGGUUGAGGAACGAACUGGAUACGGCGGAGGCUAUAAUGAUCGCGGUGUUGUGGAGUACAAAGACCGCUCUGAUUCAGAUGACGAAUAUGAUGAAUUCGGUCGUAGAAAAAAGAGAAAAUCCAGCUCCUCUUCGCGAGCGCGAUCGACUAGAGAUAGUCCACCUAGAAGCAAAAAAACACGACAUGCCGAAGAUGACGAUGAAGAUGAUGAAGACGAUGAGGAUGAUGACAAUGGAGAUCUCUCGAAAUAUGAUCUAUGGGGCUCUGAUACAGAAGAUGUAAGCAAAAGUGAGAAACCAGCCGAACACAAAGAUAGGAAGGAAGAUUAUUCUUCAAGCUCAAGUUCUGAAUCUAGUUCAUACUCUCGAUCAAGAUCAAGAAGCCCACGUGGCCGCAAUCGUGACCGUCAGUCAAAUCAUCGCUCCAAACGUUCCCGAUCCAGAUCCAAUUCGCCACGCUAUAAGCGCCACAGUGCAUCAUCUUAUCGUCGCUAACUUUCUUAAUGCCAUGAAACAAAACUACGUCUGCUAAUUAUGCUCACCAAAUCAGCCCAAUAUUAUUACAGAAUAAAUAUUGUGUACAAUUCGUCAACAAUGAAUGAAAUUAAUUUAGUUUUUUUUUUUAUAUUCCAGCAUACCUACUAUUUGUUAUGUGUGUGAAUGAAGCAAAAUAACCUACGCUAA